UGAAAUUCAAGAAGCGAGCGAGCGAGGGAGAGAGAAAGAGAGAGAUUUUCUUCCUUUUAUUCUUACGAUCUCGAUCUCCAUCUCCAAUCUCGAAAUGCAAAAGUUAGGGUUUCCGUUGAUAAAGAGGUUCGAUCAGCACCGAUCGGCGUCCGGAUCGGCAAACACGUUCUCCUUCUCCUCCCGCCAGCCUCCAGAUUCCACCUCUUCUGGAAGUUUCGCAAAUUUGAAGCUUACUGCAGAGAAAUUGGUGAAGGAACAGGCUUCUAUGAAAACUGAUCUCGAAUUGGCGAAUUCUAAGCUGAAAAAGUCAAUGGACCAUAUCCGUGCCUUAGAAGAAAAGUUGCAGAACGCUUUUAAUGAGAAUGCAAAGCUCAGAGUAAGGCAAAAGGAAGAUGAGAAGCUUUGGAAAGGAUUGGAAUCCAAGUUCUCUCCGACAAAGACUCUGUGUGAUCAACUUACUGAGACUCUACAUCACUUGGCAUCCCAAGUUCAGGAUGCUGAGAUGGAUAAGGUGCGUUGUGAGAGCAAAAUUUCUGCUAGUUCGGAAGCAAUAGACUCUUUAAACAGGCAAAUGCAAGAGCUAUGUUUAAGAUUAGGUGCCGCAGAAGAAAACAUCAAAAGCCGUGACAAUGAGCUGGAGGAGCUCAAGACUGAGAAAGAGCAGAUGAAAAAAUGUUAUUUGGAUGAGCAGUGCCGAACAGCCAGUCUCAUCGAGGAGAAAGAUGCAAUGAUAAGGAAUUUUGAAUCAACCAGUGCUGAAAGGAAACUCAAUAUUGAAAAUUUGAACUGCCAACUCGGGAAGGUGGGCCAUGAGUUAAGGAUGAAAGAUGAUGAGAUCAAAUGCCUUGUUGCCAUCCAGGAGAAAUUGGAGAAUGAAAAGAGGAAAGCUCAAUUAAAUGCGGAUGAACUAUCUGAAAAACUGGUUAGCUCAGGCCAGGAGGUCAAGAAGCUUGACGGAUUUGUCCAUGCAAUAGUAUCAGAGUUCGGUGAAUUGGACAAAAAGAACUUCAACCUCAUGGAGAAGUUUGACAAGCUAAAUGGUCUGUAUGACACUUACUUCCUCUUUCUCCAAAAGGAAAGAGAUCUUGCUUCUGACCGAGCUCAAAGGUCAUUCCAUCAAUACCACAACAAGCUCUUGAGUGAAACUUCACGGAAAGAAGCCUUGCAAUCAGCAUGCCAAGAACUAAAUGAAAAAAUAGUUGAACUUGAGAAAGCAAAAGGGUUCGUAGCGUCCCAACUUGCUGAAGAACGAAGCACUGCAAAGCAGACAAUCAAGAAACUGGAGUCAGAAGCAGAAAGUCUUGCUUCAAAAAACAUUGAAACAGAAACAGUGAUUUCAAAGCUGAAAGAGGAAAUAGAAACUUUGCUGGAGAAUCUGAGGGCAUCAGAGAAUAAAACGCAUGAACUGUCAUUAAAAAUUUCGUCAUUAGAGUUGGAGAGCAAAGAGCAGUCUGAGAAACUGAUGUCUGAUACUAAGACUAAGGUUGAACAAAUAGAGAUCUUGCAGAAAGAGAGCGAGGACUGUCAGUUGCAUGCAGAUUCAUUAGUGAAAGAGGUGAACCAGCUCCAAAGCAUCUUAGAGGAGAAAGAUCUGAUUAUCCUGCAGUGCAAGGAGAAUGAGAAGAAGCUAGACCAACACAUCACAGAGGACAAGGCGUUGCUGGUUGCUGCUGAAACCAAGCUUGAAGAAGCCAAGAGACAGUACGAUCUGAUGCUGGAGAAUAAACAAUUGGAGUUAUCAAGACACUUGAAAGAAUUAUCUCAGAGGAAUGACCAGGCAAUUAACGAGAUCAGGAGGAAGUAUGAUGUGGAGAAACAGGACAUUAUUAACGUGGAGAAGGAAAAGGUUGAAAAGGUUGUCAAAGAAUUGUCCAUGAAAUAUGAUAAAGAACUAGCAGAUUGUAAAGAAGAAUCAGGGAGACAGUUGCGGACUGUUCAGGAGGAACAUGCUUCUCUGAUCAUUAGUAUUAAGCAGGACUUUGAGAAUAAGGAGCUCAAUCUUAAAGCAAAGCAUGAUGAGGAGAUGAGGCGAGCUCAGAUUCUGGCUGAAAAUGAAUUGAAAACGAGGAUAACAGCACUCAGGAAUGAGCAUGAAGUUCAGUUGAAAGCGUUCAAGUGUCAGUACGAAGAUGAGUGCAGGAAGCUUCAAGAAGAAUUAGACCUUCAAAAGUCUAAAGAAGAGAGGCAGAGAGCUUUGUUGCAACUGCAGUGGAAGGUUAUGAGUGACAAACCACCUGAAGAGCAAGAAGUAAACUCUAAGAGGGAGUAUUCAGUUUCAUCCAUAAAAGUUAGAGAAUCACGUCCCGGUGGUAGCAAAAGAAGCCAGCACAUAUCAGUGAGGGGUGACGGCGAUGAACAGGAUUCCCCUUUUGUCAAGGCAACAGGAACACCCGUGUCACAAUUGCUUAAGAAAGUUGAAAAUGCUAACACAGGGAGCAUAAUGAGCAUUCCUAAGCACCAUCACAAGGUAACUCGUCGUGAGUAUGAAGUUGAGACCAAUAAUGGGAGAACAAUAACAAAACGGAGAAAGACAAGAAGCACAGUCAUGUUCGAGGAGCCACGAAAACACAAGGCAAGGACUACACCUAGAGCAAAGACCCCCAAAAGUAUCAUUAAGGUAACAACCACAAGUGGGCCUCCACGCUCUUCAAAUAUAGGCGACUUGUUUUCAGAAGGCUCCCUCAACCCAUAUGCUGAUGAUCCCUAUGCAUUUGACUGAAAGGGUUUACAUACAGGGCAAGUUGAUGCCAAUCCCAUAAGACAGUUGAUCACAAAUGCUUUCUAUACUGUUUUUUUUCUCUCUAAAGGAUGGA